AACUCCGAAUCACACCCACGGGACGCACCAAAUACGGCGCUUGAGGGAGAUACGGCGUAUUCGAAGUGUAUCGUGAUAGCGCAAGUUGCCAUCAAGGUUCGCGGCCUCCCAUAGGCUUACCUUACAGGAUGGAUGGCUGGUGUAACAAUCAUGCCGCGGUGAAGCCGAGUGCUGAGCAACGGGCCGUUCGAAGUACCAAUGCGAUGGAACGGGAUAAACUUGCUCUCACGAUGUAAACGAAACCACCACGCCUUCCAAAAUGGGCCAGCGAUUCAGCCAAUUCUUCCCCCCCGCCCCUUCCUUCACCGAGACCUCACUCCCCAACCUCAGCGGAAAGGUCUACAUUGUAACAGGCGCCUCAGCGGGCAUAGGUAAAGAGCUAUCUCGCCUCCUCUACACCCACAACGCCACCGUCUACAUCGCCGCGCGAUCAGCCGAAAAAGCGCACGCAGCGAUAUCCUGGAUCAAAGAAGCAUGUCCAGAAUCUAAGGGCACACUACACUACCUCCAUCUUGACCUCGACGACCUAUCCGGGAUCAAAGCCUCCGCCGAGUCGUUUUUGGCAAAAGAGUCACGCCUAGAUGUUCUCUUCAAUAACGCAGGCGUCAUGGUGCCUCCGGUGGGAAGCACGACGAAACAAGGUUAUGAACUGCAACUCGGGACAAAUUGCGUUGCGCCGUUCCUCUUCACCAAGCUGCUCACGCCGAUUUUGCUGGAGACAGCGAAGAGAGAGGCAAAAGGUAGUGUGAGGGUGAUUUGGGUGAGUUCAAUUGCGUCGCAGAUGAGCGCGCCGUCUGGCGGCGUUGAUAUGAACAAUCUGGAGUAUAAGAAGGACGUGGCGAAUUGGACUAAGUAUGGGACGAGUAAAGGGGGGAACGUGUUUCAUGCCUUGGAGUUUCAGAGGAGGUAUGGGGAGACGGGGGUGGUUAGUGUGGCGCUUAACCCGGGGAACCUCAAGUCGGAGCUCGCACGCAACAUGAAUCCUGUGCAUCACUUCUUCGUCAAUUUCAUGCUGUACCCGACUGUUAAUGGUGCGUAUACCGAGUUGUUUGCCGGUUUCGCCCCUGAUGCUGCGAAGCUCAAAACGGGCGAGUGGGUUAUGCCGUUUGGGAGGGUUGGGACGCUGAGGAAGGACUAUUGGUCCGAGACGGGGAAGAAGACAGCGAGAGCGUUCUGGGAGUGGAGCGAGACGCAGGUGGAGCAGUAUGCUUGAGAGCGUGUGAGGUGCUUGAACGACGUUGCUUUCUGUGUUUAUCAGUUCUUUGGCCUUCUGUGCAUCAUCUGCCUCAGAAUACGCUCACAACGUUUACC